AUGAUACAGAAAAGCCCUACCACAGCUUUGAUGCUCUGCGUGAUAUUAACAAAAGGAAUUUCUGGUUUUUCUUUUUCAAAUGUUUAUGUUCAAAGUAAUCCAACGGAAUAUAUAAAAUAUGGAUCUCCAAGUGAAUCUUCUGCAACUCCAGAAAUUGCGCGGAUAUCUGCAACUCCAGUAGAAUCGAUACCUAUAGAAACUGUGCAAGGACUGAUUACCCCUUGUGUAACACCGUGCAUUAUUUCAAAUACAGCAGAAACACCACAAGCUAGAGCAAAUGUAAUAACUUACAGAUCAUCAAAUAGUAACGUCCCUAUUAUACUAACUCAAAAAGAUGAUGCAGCAAGCUACCUGUACUCAUAUACAGUUUAUGAUGAGCAAACUGGUGAUCGUAAAUCACAAAGUGAACAUAGUGACGGAGCAGUUGUUCAAGGACAAUAUUCAUUAAUUGAACCAAAUGGGUGGAGGCGCGAAGUUACAUACACAGCGGACGAUUUAAAAGGGUUUAACGCUGUUGUCAGUAAUAUAUCGCCUGAUAUUAAGGCAGUUACAAAUAAGUCCAAUAAAGAUAAAAAAGAGGAGCCUACGCAGCCUUGCGAAGAUGUAAAGGGAGAACAGCUGAGAAUAAAACCACAGGAAACACAAAAAGCUACCAAAGUUAACGAAAAAAAAGAUCACAGUUAUGAGCUUAGUGAGAGUCAUAGCAAAUCACGAGAAGAAUCCGCAGAAGAACUAGUUACUACUCCACAAGAAAUUGUAACGAUUGGGAAAGAAAUGACAACAGUUUUACCUGUUAUAAUUGAAGAUAUAACAAAAGAAGCUGAAUCCGAAACGUUACAAAACUAUAAUGUCGUACCCUAUAACGAAAUUAUCAAGUGUCUUCAAUCUAAAAUACGUGGAUUAAAUACUGAAAACCACACAAGUUUAGAUGCUUCCCCAUUGACAUACAUCCUUUUGCCUACACUGGGUAUCAAGCCUUGUUAA